AUGCCACGGCCUGCUGCAGGACGUGACGGCGAGCACCCAUGCCGCCGUGCGCGAGCGCCUCGGCUAUGCACUGACCGAAUACCUCGUCGGCACGCACACGCUCGAAGGACGCCGAUCACCAACGUCAUCCAGCUGAUCUGCCGCAACCUCGGCUGGGAAUGGGGGGCGUACUGGGGCAUGGAGACCGAUGGCAGCGGCCGGCUGCGCUGUCGCCACUCGUGGCAUGCGGCCGACGGCGAGCUCGAGACCUUCAGCCGCAUCAGUGCGGCGCUGAGCCUGUCGGCCGGCGAAGGGCUCGUCGGCCGGGUGUGGCAGACCGGCGAGGCCGAGUGGGUGGAGGACAUGAGCACCGACCCGCGCUUCCUGCGCCGCGGCGGCGCGCAGGCGUGCGGGCCUCUGGUCGGGUUAUGUAUUCCCGGUCACCUACGCGUCCGAAAACGGCGAGCACCACCGCCCGGGCGUCCUCGAGUUCUACAGCAGCCUCACGCGCCAGCCGGAGGCGCAGCUGCCCAAAGUCUCGGCCACCAUCGGCGCGCUGAUCGCGCAGACGGCACAACGGCUGGAGACCGAAGCCGUCAUCCACCGCCUGGCCCAGGUGGACGAGAUGACCGAACUGGACAACCGCGCGUACUUCUACGCGCAGCUGAACCGGCACUGCGCGCAGAGUCAUCGCCAGGGUCGGCGCUUCGCGCUGGUGUUUAUCGACCUGGACCGCUUCAAGCCGAUCAACGAUGCCUUCGGCCACGAAGCGGGCAAUGCCGUGCUGCAGGAGUUCGCCCGCCGCCUGCGUGCGCUGGCUCCGCCGCCGGCGCGGUGUCGCCUUCGAUGAGGGCACGGGCCGCGACGUAG